UAAUAUCCUGGUCACAAAAAUCGAAAAAAAGGAGGAUUCCGAACAUGGAAUCGAACAGGUCGUCGUUGUCCCCGCCGACGACAAAACGACUGUUGUUUGAUCGGCGCUACGGCUGGAUUUUUGAUGAUUGGAAGAAUCCAUCACAGGAAGCUCUACAUGGCGGCCGAGGAAUGUUCUGCGUUGUGCCUCUUGCAAGAAAUUUGGUACAUCUAGCUUCCCAAUCGAUGAACCUUGCUGGUAGUAGUGCAGUUAAAGUGCUGGAAAACCCUGAGUUAAUUUCUCCUCAAGUACUCGGGGCGAAGAUUAAUGAACAACUGCAGAGACUUCAGUUCUCUAUGCAAAACCGCAAAUAAAAUGCACCAUCUUCAACCCACCCUGGAUCGUGAUUAUAGCAUGUCUCAUUUGGUCUGGUCCUUUUGAAAGCAGUAAAACUAUAAACGUGGUUUGGUUUGGUUGGGCAUUUGGCCGCAUUUUCAUGGUUUUUCUUGUGAAUGAAUUUGCUUUGGACUUAUAUAUUGAUAGUUUUUGUACUUAAUGUUGAAUUCUUCUUUUUGAAAGGGAGUUAGUUAUUGAAAUUUUGAAGGUGUUACCUUGCA